AUGAAAAAGGACAUGCUACUGUUGUUUGUUUUGGCAUUGGUGUUGCCUAGUUGCACUGCUUUGGAGCCUUCUUAUGGUGUUCAGGACGAAUUUUUGGAACUUUUUUCUUCAGUGAGGCGUGAGGAACCUUUUGCUUGUUUGAGCGGUAAUGCAACGAUUAUGGGUUAUCAGGUUAAUGACGAUUAUUGUGAUUGCCCAGAUGGGAGCGAUGAGCCGGGUACCUCAGCUUGUACCACGCACUGGGUGAGGGUAAAAUUCCCUGCCAAAUGGGACUUCAAAUGCAAAAAUAUUGGAUUCAUGCCAAGAGAAAUUCCACAUAACAGGAUCAAUGAUGGAAUAUGUGAUUGCUGCGAUGGUUCUGAUGAGUAUUCUGGAAUUACUGUCUGUCCCAACGUUUGUGCUGAGGCUCAGGCACUUGAGGAAAAGAAAAGAUUAGAGGAUGAACGAAUCAAACAAGUGGGACUGCUCGAAAGGGAAAAAAUGCUGUCACAUGUAGCGGUAAACAGGGCAAAUGAUAAAGUUCAACUUGAAAAUGAAACUGUGGAAUUAGAAACAUUGAGGAAGGCCAUCGAGGAAAGCAACAUGAAGCUUCCUCCUUUAGAAGAAAAAGAAAAAGAGGAGAAACAACGCUUACGUGACGCGUACAACGCAGCCUUUGAGGUUUGGAAAAAUGAGCGCGAAAAAAAUAAAUCACGCAAAUUGAAUACCACAGUGAAUUCGACUAUGAGUUGUAUUAGAUGGAGCCAGUCUGGAUAUUGUGGCGACGAAGAGGAAUUGCCUUUUAGUGACAAAGGUUGUGAUGAGGUUAUUUCAUCUUCUGAAGCUGGCUUUUGUGAGUGUUCCAGAAACGAAGAGGACUCAAAAGUGGUUUAUGAUAAAGAAUGUGGUCAUGAGCCGCUGCAAUGCUCGAGGAUUUGUGAAGGGAACGUUGAGAGUGAAGAAUCAGAUACCGAUCACUUUGACAUGGAUGAUGGUUCUUUAUUUCAAUUGCCAGAGGCAAAAGACCUCCGUUCUGAGUUGAAAGAACUUCGUGAGAAAGUGGAUAAGCUUUCAUCCUCUGUGGAGGAGAUUGGAAAACGAUUAAACCGAAGUGUCAACACAGAGGACAUUUUGAGAACCCUCAACAAUGAAUGUUUUACACUGGAUGUUAAUAGCUAUACAUACGAACUUUGCCCUUUUAAGGAUACUCAUCAGUACGAUAAAGGGUCGAAACACGGUCCAAAUAUGGGCCAGUGGGAAAAGUUUGGCAAUAAUACAUACUCCCUUUGGUCAAAUACGGCGGAUUAUACUCACAUGAUAUACGAGAAUGGUGACCGAUGCUGGAACGGAGUACAACGUAUGACUGAUGUUCAUGUUAUAUGUGGUUCAGAAAAUAAACUGACUCAAGUGGAAGAGCCAUCUAUGUGCAGGUACAGUAUGGUGUUUCAAACACCCGCAGUGUGCGAAUGA